CAGUGAGACUGCAAAUGUCGUUUUUAUGAGGAUGGUGGCUGGAUGGAUAGAAUGGAUUGAUUGAUUGAUUGAUGGAAAGAAUGGAUGGAUGGAUGGAUGUAUAAUUUAUGGAUGGAUGGAUAGAAAAUAUGGAUGGAUUGAAUGGAUGGUGGGUGAGGAUGCAUAGAAUGGAGGGAUGGAUGGAUAGAAAGAAUGGAUGGAUGAUAGAUGGCCUGAAGGAUUGCGUUAGAUAGUUGGCGUCAUUAGGGUGAUAACAUUGAUUUUGUUGGUUACUAAGAUUAGUUAGUUGCCUUAAUGUUUUCACAUAAUGCGGUAGAAAGUGCCUCUUCAUUGGUGGAGUAGUGAACUACCGAGCAGCAGCAGCUUAUCCCUACAAGGAGGCCAAGGUAGAACUUCCAUUGGGGGAGGUUGAGGUGGAAAACAGAGGGCGUCAGGAGAAACCAUGAGCUCCUCAGAAGAACUGCUCCACAUGAAGGCCCAGCAGGGGGCCUCCAGAGACACGGUGGACGGCGUGGGUGUGAGCCUGGGCCGGAGGAAGGGCGUGACGCUGUCCGAGGAACAGGCCUCCUCAGAGGAAGGGGACUCCAGGGAGAGGUUGUCCAUCGUCCACACGGACGCUGACAGGGGCCCCUCCCCCGCCACCACCACCCUCGUCUCUAUCGGCUCCCCCCCGCCCAGGCCUCGCUCCCGGGGCGGGCCGGACAGAGGCGGCAGCGGGCCCCCUUGGACCAGGGGAGGGCUGUAUCACGGUGGUCCCUGCCGGCCCUCCGACAUUCCCAGACAGACCAUGGAGGAGCUGAAGACCACGCUGAGGGAGGGCCCCCACCUGGCCUUCAGGGUCCAGGGGGAAGCACGGUCAAGGGAGCCCAGUACGCCGCACCUCAAGGGGCAGAACGCAGUCCAAGGUGGUGGGGGCGCCAGCGACCAGGGCCACCGCAGGGUGCUUACCACUUUCAAGCCCCAUGAGGGUGGGGCUUCAAUAAGGGCCCCGGGCCCCGGGGACCCCAGGGCUGGUCAGCACCCCUCCAGCCCAUUCAGACCCGAUGCAUUCCCAUACAGGAGCCCUGGGGGCCGGUACCCGCCCCCUGGAGGGUGGGACCCCUCGGACGAGGCCGGGCGCUCUCAGACAGAUAGCAGAGAGCCUUGCGCGGGAGGUUCAGGCUGCAGCAGCAGCUCAGACAUGGAGAACAUCAAGCAGCAGAUGACCAGGGAAAACAUCCGCUUUGUCCGCUUUGAGGCCGUGGACCUCCACGGGGUGUCUCGCUCCAAGACCGUGCCCGCCCGCCAUUUCCAUGAGAAGGCAGCGUUCGGUGUCCCCAUGCCCAGAAGCUACCUGGAGCUGACCCUGAGUCCCAGCAGUGAGGUGGACAACGCAGACGCCGCCAACUUCAACAGCGACAUCCUGCUGAUGCCCGACCUGCACACCUUCCGGGUGCUACCUUGGGCCGAGCAGACGGCCCGGGUCAUCUGCGACCCCUGCACCGUCACGGGGGCCCCCCUGCGCACCUCCCCCCGCCUCAUCGCUAAGCAACUCCUGGGCCAGCUGCAGAGCCUGGGCUUCUCCCUGCACUCCUCCUUCACUUACGAGUGCUGCGUGCUGGGCGCCGCCGACCGGCCAGGCCCCAAGACGCUGAUGUUCCCGGCCACCACGCUGCUCAGCAACCACCAGCUGCCCUUCUUCCAGCAGCUGGUGGAUAGCAUGUACUGCAUGGGCUGCGACGUGGACAGCUUCGCGUCGGCCUCCGGCCCCGGCCAGAUGGAGGUCAACCUGCGGCCUGAGUUUGGCAUCGCGGCGGCCGACAGCGCCUUCACCUUCCGCACCAGCCUCAAGGAGAUGGCCCGCAAGCACGGCCACCUGGCCAGCUUCUUCACGGACGACAGCCUGCACAACGCCGGCGUGCUGUCCCACAGCCUGUGGGACGCCAGCGGGCGGCGCGGCCUAUUCCACAGCGGGGAGGCGCGGGGCGGCGAGCUGUCAGAGAUGGGGAAGAAGUGGCUGGCGGGGCUGCUCAGCCACUCGGCCGCCCUGAGCUGCCUGCUGUCCCCCGGGCGGGACUGCAGGAGCCGCACGGCCCGGCGGGCCAAGGAGCCCCAGCGCGGGAUGCACGCCACCUGCGGCUACAACGACCACAGCAGCUCCUUUAACGUGAAGCGGCACGGCGGGCGCACGCUGCACAUCGACAACCAGCUGGGCUCAGCGGCGGCCAACCCCUACGUGGUGCUGGCCGCCACCGUGGCCGCGGGGCUGGACGGCAUCAAGCGUAGCCUGAGCUUGGAGGCGGGACCGGGCCAGCAGCGGCAGCACGCCAUCCCCGUGAGGCUGGAGGACGCUCUGGAGGCGCUGGAGGCGGACCACAUGCUGGGCAGCGCCUUGGGGGAGCCCUUCGUCCAGUACUUCAUCGCCAUGAAGAAGUUUGAGAUCGAGACGCAAGAGCUGGACGACGAGAGGAACAAGUGCCUGGAGUAUUUCAUCUAGGAGUUCCCCGCCGUGUGCCCGCCUGCUACCGCCACAGCAACAACGAUAGCAUUGUUUUGGUAGGAAAUGUUUCAUUUCAUUGAUUUGCUCCUUAUUUUUGAUAAUGUGUGAUUCUGAAGUACUUCUUGUAAAUAUGACGAAUACCUUUCACAUAAACAGUUCCUUCAUC